AUGGCAAGCGUCGUGCUUCUCGUCUCACUGCCCUACGUCCUGGCUGCUCGGUGUGGCGUGGACAGCUGCACCGACGCCGUCCUCGCAACGCUCGCCCAAGAUUUGACCGCCAACUACAAGGGCUUCUCAUCGUGCGAGUCUCGCAUCAACUGGGUGAAGAGCAACACCGGCCGGAAUGAGGAAAAGUCGUGCGAAAAGCCCUUGUGCGACUGGUCGACGCACGACUACAAGCUCGUGGGCACCGAGAUGUCGUGCGUAGCGCGCGACCCGAUGGGCGGUGAGUCGAGCGGUAUGUCCUCAAUGAGCAUGGGCUGUGGCAACAUGUCGUGCGCAUCGACCCUCGCUUUCCUCCACGAGAACAUGGUGAUGCACCACGGAAUGGCGAUCGAGUUUACAUGCGAUGUUGAGGUGGAUUUCGUUCGCGGCAUGAUCCCGCACCACGCAGGCGCAGUCAAGAUGUGCGACAUCCUGCGUGGCUCGGUGAGCGUGGAGACGGACUCCGACGGCUCUGGCAUGGGAAUGAUGCACUCGUCCGGGAGAAUGCUAAUGCCGGCCGCGAUCGACCCCUUCCUCGAGGGCCUCUGCUCUGACAUUGUGGAGACGCAGGCGCGUGAGAUUGCGGAGAUGGAGGCAUGGCUCGCGAGCCGCAGCCUGGGCGCGUACACGUCCUGUGGCGACGGCCACGGCGGCGGCAUGGGUGGCCACGACAUGGGCAGCGGCGAUAUGGACAUGGGCGGCGAUAUGCCUGGCCACGACAUGGGCGGAGGCAGCAUGGGCGGCGACAUGCCUGGCCACGACAUGGGCAGCGGCGAUAUGGACAUGGGCGGCGACAUGCCUGGCCACGACAUGGGCGGAGGCAGCAUGGGCGGCGACAUGCCUGGCCACGACAUGGGCAGCGGCGAUAUGGACAUGGGCGGCGACAUGCCUGGCCACGACAUGGGCGGAGGCAGCAUGGGCGGCGAAAUGCCUGGCCACGGCAUGUGA